AUGAACUGGCCGUUAGAUGAACUGCAGUUUUUGUCCUUUGGCUUCUUGAUGGCUCACACCGUUCCCCUCUCUCACCUCCUGCAGCUGCAUAAGAGGGCGGAGCGAGUGGCAGCUCUGCUGAUGGAGAGAGGCGGUCUGCAGGAAGGAGAACAUAUCGCUCUGGUGUACCCGCCAGGUACAGACCUGAUCGCAGCCUUUUCUGGCUGCCUGUACGCCGGCUGCGUUCCCAUCACAGUGCGACCGCCUCACCCUCAGAACAUCUCCACCACCCUGCCCACUGUUAAGAUGACAGCUCCAUCACUCUGAUUUAUCGAAAAAUAAAAACUUGCUGUAGCUGCAAGUCUGUGGAGUUCCCCACAAAACAAGAGCAAAUACAGCCCAGUAUGUCGCAGAACAACCACUUCAGCUGGUGGUGAGAGAUGGGCUGUGAGAGACCAAAGUGACAUGUCCUUCUCUUUCAAAGUUAUCUAAGCUCAGCUCUCUACUGCACACAAGCACAACAUUCAAAGAUGUAUUUGAAGCUGAAUUUUGGUGAACAGAAAGCGAUCCCUGCUGCUAUAAUCACAAGAUGGAAUUCAACACUGAGACAAGUAAAGGCUGUUCUUCAAUGUGAACAUCUAAAACUCUCUGCUCUUCUUGAAAUGGCUGCGCACAAGGAAUUAUUAUUCACAGCAUGAACCUGUUGAAGGAGAUGGUGGACAACUUGAAGCUUUUUGGAGCAGCAACAGAUUUGACACAAGGUGAGAAAAUAGUCAGGAUCAGUCCUGCUGUUCCAUCCGUGCUGGGGGUUAGGUGACAAACCUAGCUACAGCUAAGUCACUACCUGGAUAUUGCUGAUGGACAGAACGCCCUCUUAUUCUGGGCAAUGAGCAUGCAGACUCUUCGUGCACUGUUUCAUGUGGCCACCAGGCAGUACCUGCAUGUAGUGCUGCAGUGGAGCGUGUUUUCAGCUAUGGUGGCAACAUUCAACGGCCUCAUCGUGGACAAAUGACUGACAGACUUUGGGCCAGUUUGGUCUUUUGCAAAUGCAAUGCAGAAUAGUUCAUUGUUACACACACACACACAAUUUUUCUCUGUUACUCACACAAGGACACAUACAAACAUGUUGACACAUAAACUAGAUCAGAGAGGACAUGCUAAUCACACUGCACUACAUUCACUGCGAUGUUUCUUUGUUUUGUAAUGUGGAAACCUCAGUACUUUUUGUUGGUUUUGCAUUUUUCAUUGAAUGCUUAUUCUGUGAAUUAAUAGUUUAAAAGAAGACUAUUUUUGCAGCUAAGUUUAACUGAGCUGUACAUUAUAGAGGUGCGAUUUCAGAAUUAAUUUGUGUUUGUGUAUAUUCUGUAAGUUUGCUGGUUUCAGCAUGU